CCGGGCUCCGUAGACUGCAGUGGCCGUUCUCUCAUCUCCGCUUGCUCAACACAGGGCUGGUGCCUUGGUGCUUGGUGGGGAGUUGCUAAGAAUUUUGGACAAAGCAUGUCUGAUGUGGCCGCGCGGCUUCCUCUUGCGUCUUCUCCUCCGCGUGACCGCCGGCGCCACUGCCCGCCACGCCUGCGCGCGCAUCCACCCGCUCCUCGUGAAGUCCGGCCACGCUUCCGACACUCGCCUCGCCACCGCGCUCGCCGACGCCUAUGCCAAAUCCGGCCUCGUCACGCACGCGCGCAGGGUGUUCGACGAAACGCCGCACAGGGACCUCGUUCUCUGGAACGUCAUGAUCUCCUGCUACUCCUCCCAUGGCCUGCUGCUCGACUCAUGGGCCCUCUUCGCCUCCAUGCGGAGGAACUCCGGCCUCUCGGGCGACGGCUUCACCUUCAGUACCUUGCUGAGCGUCCGCGCUCCUCCUUCUUCCUGCGGCCACCUCCUGGGGCUCCUGGCGCACGGCCUUGUUCUCAGGCUGGGCCUCCAGCUGGACCUUGUCGUCGCCACCGCGCUCCUCGACAUGUAUGCAAAGUGCGGCCGGGUCGCUGAUGCUCGACGGGUGUUUGACGCCAUGCUGCUAAGGAACUCUGUAUCCUGGAAUGCCAUCAUUGUCUGCUAUGGCCACCAUGAUGGAGGCAAGGAAGCACUGCAGAUUUUCGUGUCCAUGCUCAGGAAUGAUGAUGGGUGCUGUUGUCGGCCUGACGAGCUCACGCUUGCCAGUUUGCUUAGUUCCUGUGCCAACAUGGCAGCUGCCUAUGAGGCUACCCAGCUUCAUGCUUAUGCCCUCAAAAGGGGCUUCCAAGGAUUUCUGCAAGUAGCCAACGCUCUGAUCAUGGCCUAUGGUAAGAAUGGUUUUCUUCAACAAGCAACACAGACAUUUGCUGCCAUCCAUAGCCCAGACAUAGUUUCAUGGUCAUCCAUGGUUUCAUCUUUCGCCUACCUUGGGUGUGCCAAGAGCGCAAUCCAUGUGUUUGAAAGAAUGCUCCAACAAGGCGUGCGGCCUGAUGGCAUUGCGUUUCUUGGAGUUCUUUCUGCCUGCAGCCAUGCUGGACUCAUUCAACAUGGCCUAAAGUAUUUUCUUCUAAUGACGACGGACUACCAAAUUGAUCCAUGUCCACAGCAUCUUGCUUGUCUGGUUGAUCUCCUAGGGAGAGCUGGCAGGGUUCAGGAAGCCUACAACAUUUUACUCAACAUCUCCUGCCAAACAAACACUGAUGUAAUUGGAGCUUUCCUUGCUGCCUGCAAGACACGAGGCAACAUUGAGUUGACAAAGUGGGCUGCUGAUAGGCUACUCGGUCUGGAGCCAAACGAGCCAGCAAAUUACGUGCUUAUAUCUAACGCUUAUGCUGCUGCAGGAGCUUGGAGUGAGCUUGCAACGGUAAGAAGUCUUAUGAGAAACGUGUGCAGCAACAAGGUGCCUGGUUGUAGCUGGAUAGAAAUAGGUGGAAAGGUUCAGACAUUUGUCUCCAAUGAUAUUUUGCUCCAACAAUCAACAAAUAUGCGACAAAUGAUGGAAAUUCUUGUUACAUUCAUGGAAAAAGAGAGCAAUGAUGAUACUCUUUGUAAGGAUUCAGAAUUUAUUUCAGAACGGUUUUGAUGUCUCAAUAAAAAAAAUAUUGGUUAAACUGACAUCUGCAAUAUAUUGUGUCUGACAUUAUCAAUGUGGCAAUUGAACCAUUCUAAGGUUAUCAUAAAGACGAAGAUAGGAUACUAGAACCCUCGGGAAGGCAGAAAGUGGUCUCUUGCUUAUGCAGUUAUGCUUAUAUGUUGUGCUAAUAUGAAAAGGUGAGGAGGGUUAGCAGGUAGAUGAGGUGAUCCAUGAUCCUAAUCCACCGCUUCUAUCCCUGAGAUGGCCACGGCUGACAGUCAUGUUAGAAUAUUUCUCGCUGCUGUGAGAUGGUGGAGCGAACACUAAUCAGUAUGUCGCUCUCCCCGAGCUCCUCUCUUCCGAAUGUCACCUAAGACAGCAUGGCAGCAACUUAAGCAGCAGAUUAGUACCCCACGAAUUGAGCACUCUUAACUCGAUCGACCAUUAAUUGACAGACGACCGUUCUUAUCUCAGUCAUCAUAAUUGACAGACGAUGAUCGUGACCAUGAUGACUCUCUCUUGUGUGUGUGCUUGAUGCUUGUCGUCCUUCGCCCAUACUGUUUUCUCAGGGGAGCUUGUGGUGCUCCAUUUCUGGCUGGUUGCUGGAGGUUGGCGAGGCAGGUUCAGAUCUGGGCUUUUAGUGCGAUUCAAGUCUACAGGAUUCAGAUUUUAUUUCAGAACGGUUUUGAUAUCUCAGUAAACAUAUAUGUGGGUUAAACUGACAUCUGCAAUAUGGUCUCAGACCCUACCAGUGUGACAAUGUAACCAUUUUCAGGUUAUCAUAAAGACAGAUAGGAUACUAGAACCCUCGGGAAGGCAGAAAGUGGUCUCUUGCUUAUGCAGUUAUGCUUAUGUAAGUAUUUCAACAAUCAUAUAUUUCUAUCGAAUCAUAUAUUUCUAUCGCAGUGGUGCAAAUCGAUUUAUAACUUCUCAUGAACCUCGAGAUGUUGUGCUAUAAUAUGAAAAGUGAGGAGGGUUAGCAGGUAGAUAAGGUAAUCCGUGAUCCUAAUCCGCUGCUUCUAUCCCCGAGAUGGUGACGGUUGACAGUCGUGUUAGGAUAUUUCUCGCCGCUAUGAGAUGGUGGAGCGAAGACUAAUCAGUAUGUCGUUCUCCCCAAGCUCCUCUCUCCCGAAUGACGCCUGAGACAACAUGGCAGCAACUUAAGCAGCAGAUUAGUACCCCACAAAUUGAGCACUCUUAACUCGAUCAAUCAUAAUUGACGGGCGGCCGUUCUUAUCUCAGUCAUCAUAAUUGACAGACGAUGAUCGUGAGCAUGAUGACUCUAUGUGUGUGUUCUUGAUGCCUGCCGUCGUUUGCCCACACUGCUUUCGCAGGCAAGCUUGUGGUGCUCCAUUUCUGGCUGGUGGCUGGAGGUUGGUGAGUCAGGUCCAGAUCUGGGCUUUUACGCAGGCUGUAUUGUCCACGCAUAUGACUCUGGUAUUACAUCAGGGGCUAAUCUGGAAUGUAAGUGUUGGGUUCAAGUGAACAUGAACCCAAUGAGUUUUUCUUAAACUGACUAAAUUGCUACUUGGUACUUAGCACCGUGUGUCACUAGUUAGUUUGACCUCAUACUUUUACUGGGAUGAACCCAAUACGAAAUUUUCCUGGCUGGCUAUUGCGUAUUGACAUCAUGCAAGCAUCUCUUAUUUGGUGCUUGAUGGGAAAGCUAUGGGUUUGGCUGCCCUAUCCUACUAUUCACUCUGGAAGUGGUUGGCUGAGGUAUAUCAAUCUGCCUAACCCCUACUUUUACUGUACUACCAAUUCUAGCUUAAAUUGCUUUCAAUCUUCACAUGACCCUAAAGAAGCGGGAGACACAGUCAAUAUGUCUGCGGUAGAGUCCACAACCGAUAUGCACGAAUUCUAUUUCUAACUAAGGAUUGCCAUCUUUUACAAGAUGAAUUAAUUCAUUUGCAUACAUUUAGAUAUUAAUAGGACACACAGUACAACACUCAUCAAUGGUGCCUAUGGUUUUCAUUGAUGUGUGUGGUCUUUUGCUCUUUAUUUCCUGGUGGGGCAAAGGAUAAGAUUAAGAUUUCACGAUGUAGAAAUGAUGUAAGUAUAUGAUAAACACAGAUGAAUUGUCUGUAUGUGGGAGUCCAAGAGAUCAUGGGGAUCUACCAAGUGGGGACGUGCCUAUUGUCAGCCACUCAUCCAUUAUUUGUCAGUCACCGCAGCAAAAGGACAUGAGAGGCACUCGUCGACCUCUACCCUGCAACAUACGUCAACUUGGUCCCAGCCACAAUGUUCAACCAACCGUAGCUAGCUGGGCCAACUUGCCUAUUCUUGGCACAAUCUCUGGGGGUGUGUUUUCUUGUAAUAUUUGUAGGUUGUAUGUGUUGAAACUAGUUAAGUACUUUGCCUUUCUAGUCUUUUCUAAGGAUUACAAUUUGUCGCGUGUGCAUGGAUGAUCGCUCACCGUAAUUUGUGUAAGUUCCGACGCAGUUGUUGCAUGUAUACAAGGUUUUGUGCUUGAAAAGAAGCAAGUUUGCUGGUAGAGCGUAACGAAAUCCUGUAGCACACAUUCAUCUUGUGAUGUAGCUUGAAAACUAGAGU